UAUACUCCGAUGGUGCGUGUCCCCAUGACUUGGACAACUAUGGAGCUUCUUCGUCUCGUGUGUUUCUGUGUCCUGACUUGGUCCGGAUCAACGUCUGCUGAUGGAAACGAGACACAGAGUGAGAAGCAGACGAUCAGAUUCACCUUCAGACCAAACUAACAGCUUCCUCUGAGUGAGUCCAGCUACAGGAGAGAAAAGUGGGAACUCCAAGACUGCUGCUUCAACCUGUGGACACACACUGAAUCUGCACUCAGAGACUAAAUGGCUUCCAGACUAGAGGAGGAUCUCUGCUGUCCGGUCUGUCAGGACGUCUUUAAAGAUCCUGUUGUUCUGUCAUGCAGCCACAGCUUCUGUAAAGACUGUCUGCAGAGCUGGUGGACAGAGAAAGGACAUCGUGAGUGUCCAGUUUGUAAGAGAACAUCUUCAAUGGAACUUCUACCUUCCGACUUUUCUUUAAAGCACCUGUGUGACUCCAUACAGAGAGAGAGAGUGAUAGAGAGAGUGAUAGAGAGAGUGAUAGUGAGAGUGAUAGUGAUAGUGAUAGUGAGAGUGAUAAGUGAAAACAAAGGAAGAAGUGAGUGUGUAUGUAGGAAUUACAGUAGUAUAGGUAGUAUAAGAGUCCAGCAGCGCCUCCUGCUGGAGGAUCCACAGCUGCCCUCAGGAGCUCUGAUAGACCAGGCCAAACACCUGGGCAACCUGGCCUUCAACAUCUGGAACAAGAUGAAGGACAUGGUCUCCUACACUCCUGUGGUCCUGGAUCCAGACACUGCUGGUCGAGAACUCAUCCUGUCUGAAGAUCUGACCAGUGUGAGAAAAGGAGAUGAACAGCAGCUUCCUGACAAUCCAGAGAGGUUUGAUGAUUAUGUCUGGUCUGUCCUGGGCUCUGAGGGCUUUAACUCAGGGACUCACAGCUGGGAGGUCGAGGUUGGAGACAAUAAACACUGGGGACUGGGUGUGUUAGCAGAGUCUGUCCAGAGGAAGGAAGACAUAGAGUCUGGAUUAUGGAUAAUAUGGUUCUUUGUAGGUCAAUACACAGCAUUCUCUCCAUCACAUCCUGACACUGUUCUCUCAGUGGAGAAGAAGUCCCAGAGGAUCAGAGUGAAUCUGGACUGGAGCAGAGGAAAGCUGUUGUUCUCUGAUCCUGACACUAACACACACAUACACACCUUCACACACACUUUCACUGACACACUGUUUCCUUUGGGGAUGACGUCCCAGUGA